UCAGAGAGAGAAGAGGAGGAGAGAAGCUGAGACACAGAGAGGCAGAGGGAGAGACAAGGGGUGGGGUGCUUGGAUGUACACGAACAUGCCGAGAGGAGAGUGCGUGGACGAGCGAUGACAGCCAUGCUGAGCCCAAAGAUCAGACAGACCAGGAGAGCCAGGUCCAAGAGCAUGGUGAUGGGUGAGGUGUCGCGGGGCUCGUGCCGGCCGGCCUCCCCCAGCCUGCAGGAGGGGGCGCUGAAAGCUGGCUGGCUGAAGAAGCAGCGCAGCAUCAUGAAGAAUUGGCAGCUCCGCUGGUUCGUGCUGCGCUCAGACCAGCUCUUCUUCUACAAAGACGAGGAAGAAACCAAACCACAGGGCUGUAUACCUCUGCAGGGCUGCCAGGUCAAUGAGCUCACAGCUAAUCCAGACGAACCAGGAAGACACCUUUUUGAGAUUGUACCAGGUGGAACAGGAGAGAAGGACCGGGCACCGAUCAGCCAUGAGUCCUUCCUGCUCAUGGCAAACUCCCAGACAGACAUGGAUGACUGGGUCAAGGCCAUACGGCGGGUCAUCUGGGCGCCAUUUGGAGGAGGGAUAUUUGGCCAGCGUUUAGAGGACACAGUGCAGUAUGAGAGGAAGUUUGGCCCCCGGCUGGCCCCCCUGCUGGUGGAGCAGUGUGUUGACUUCAUCAGGGAGAGAGGUUUGGACGAGGAGGGUCUCUUUCGCAUGCCGGGACAGGCCAACCUGGUCAAAGAGCUGCAGGAGGCCUUUGACUGCGGGGAUAAGCCUCUGUUUGACAGUAAUACAGACGUCCACACGGUGGCAUCCUUGCUGAAGCUGUACCUGCGAGAGCUGCCUGAACCAGUCAUUCCCUUCUGCAAAUAUGAAGACUUUCUAACCUGUGCACAGCUUUUGGCCAAAGACGAGGAGGAGGGGGUCCAGGAGCUGGGAAAGCAAGUUAACACUCUACCUCUACCUAACUACAAUCUCCUCACCUACAUAUGCAAAUUCCUCGAUGAGGUCCAGUCCCACUCCAGUGAGAACAAGAUGAGUGUCCAGAACCUCGCCACAGUAUUUGGACCAAAUAUCCUUCGACCCAAGAUGGAGGACCCAGUCACUAUCAUGGAAGGCACCUCUCUGGUCCAGCACCUGAUGACAAUCCUCAUUAGGGAACACAACCGCUUGUACUCAGGAAGGGACCAGGAGGGACCCACUGCACCCCAAACAGAGCUCCCUGUCCAGGGUCAUCAGCUCCAGCAUCGCAGCCUGGGCGCCUGGAUCUCAGAGGAAGACCUCCAGAACUGCCCGGUGUCCAACCCUGACCAAGAACUGCACAGCAGUGCCUCAUCUCUGGAUGCCAAACUGUGUGCAGCUGUCACUCCCACCCAGACCCCUAACCUGAACCCUGGACCAAAACUGGGGUCUCCAUCAGGGAAAGGCGAGACGGUGGUUAGCCCGAGUAAACAAGCCAAGUCCAUACCUUCCUGGAAAUACUCUUUCAAAAGCUCUUCGGCUCCUCGUUCACAGCCGCAAGGGAAGCAAAGCAGCGGCGGCGGCUCUGCGGCUGAUGUGACUAGUGUAUCAUCUGGUGGGGGUGGAGGUGGGAGUGGAGGUGGAGGUAACUGGCUCAUGAAUGGUUUGUCCUCCUUGAGGGGACACCGGCGCACCUCAUCAGGCGAGCGGUCCGCCCGUGAUCGUGACUCCACGGGCUCUUCACAGAGACUGUCCACCUAUGACAACGUCACCUCUUCCUCAAGCAUGGGGAGCGUCCCAAGUGUCUCCAGCACACCUUGGUCCACUUCCUCCUGCGAAAUCUCCGUCCCCGACUCGGGAAGUGAACCCUCACCAAACCAGAACUGUGGAGUAGGGGGUGAAAUUGGGGAAAAAGGGGAGUGGAUGGAGAGCCAGAGGGAGAUUGACAGAGGAAGGGAUGGAGGGAUGACGACAGACCCGAGCUCUGAGCAGGACAGUUGUGAGGCCAUGGAGUUGUGCAGUAGCAGCGCAGCCUGCAGUGAGAAUGGAAACAUGGCCAUGGCGGCCGGGGUGCCAUCCAUCAUUAUGUCUGAGGAUGGGGACGGGACAAAUCUAACACUGAGCUGUCUGGUGGAAGGACUGAAGGAAGAGUUGAGGAAACAGAAGACUUCAUACGAGGCCAGGAUCCAAAAACUGGAGGAGUCCAGUGCUGCUCUGUGUGCACAGAUGGAGCGUUUGGAACAAGAGAUGGAGCAGGAGAGGAAGAAGCAACGCAUGCUGGAGAUCAAACUACGCAACUCGGAGCGGGCGCGCAAGGAUGCAGAGAACCGCAAUCGGCUUCUGGAGAAAGAGAUGGAGGAUUUCUUUUCCACACUGGGAGAUCUGGCCCUGGGUGCGAGGACUAGUGACAUUUGAUACGGCAUCUGUCUGUGGCCAAAACUGUCAGGGUUUGUAUUUUGGGAUAUUGGGUGUCUUCUCAAGGGCUCAUGUGUUCCUCAGUGUAUCAGGGCGUUCCUUCAAAAGAACAUUAAAACAAGGAAAUAAAGGAACCCGCCAUAGUCGUGUGCUAUCAGGAUAAACUCAAAGGGAACUGAAAUAUGGAGAUGGCAGCGGAAAUUAGGGUGCAAAUAUGAAACGAGGACUGACUGUGUGGUCCUCAUCAGAAUCAUCUCCAUUGAGCACUGAGUGGUUUUGAGUUUCUGUCGCAUGCUUGAAAUGGAACGUUAAGACGAUGGCGCUCUUGUGAUCACACUCCUUGAUGAGUCCAGGGUUUGUCUUGUGAAGGCAGUAUUUUAACAGUUCAGGUGCCUGUAUGUGACUGGUGUAACAUAAAGAAACUUCUCUGACAUUCUCUUUACUGGAGAGCACUGACUUCUUCAACCACUAAGGACAUGACAUGAAUGGAUUUCAUGCUGAAACUGUAUGACUCAUAAGAGAUGUUAAUGAUAAUGCAGACAGUUGACUGAUAUUUAUCUAUAUCUGAUAUUUAUCUUUAAGGAAUAGUGCUACAUUUGGGAAAUACACUUUGCCUUUUUGUUGAAAGGUGGAUGAGAAAUUUGAUUCCACUCUCAUGACUGUAGGAUUAACAUGAAGCUACAACCAGCAGCUGGUUAGCCUAGCUAAAUAUAGAGUGACAAUAAAAGCAGGGAAAAUGCUAAUCUAGCACUGUCCUUUUUGAAAAUCUAUUAACCAAUAGGGAUGGGCAUUUGAUGGAACUUCCAUUUUUGACAACUUGGAUUAAAUUAUUAUAGAGUACUUGUGAGAAAAAUCUAAUGUAAGAAAAGGUACGUAAACUGGCCAACAAUGGGAAACAAGCGCAAUUUGAAAUGUAUUUAUUUAACGGAAAGGCCUCUAUCAGCCUUUAAAUUCAAAGUUGACAUGACAGAAAUCAGCAAACUUUCUAUCACUGUUUGCUAACGUUACAUAGAUUAGAUGCAGUGCUGAAGGACUGUCACUGAGCUGCUGUCCUCCUGGCUAGCACAAGCUAACGCAGCAGCAGCGGCUAACACCUGAUACCAAGCAGUUUAACAGUCCCAACAUACUCAAAACAACACCGAAAUGCCUGUUCUGUUGAUAACCAUUAGGUAACGUCAGCCUAGCUGUGUGAUGCUAACAGUUAGCCCUGUCACUGUGUGUAUGUGUGUGUGUGUGUGAUGACGGAUGAUCGUAUCCACUUACUGUUACUGCACAGAAAUGAAGCCAAAAUAUCCCAGACACAGCCACUGCCAUCUUGUGCUGGUGAUGUCAUUUGGAGCCAGAGUUUGCUUAGUAGUGAUCUCCGCUAUGUCGAGUUCCCACCUACCGCCCAUCUGGCCAAUUGGAAGCAGCACCAUUGAUCACGAGCACACUUAUUGGCACACAGAGUAGUCAAUCAUGACAUCAAACCCAAUUUUUAUAGUUAAAAUUACUAAUUAAAACCAAACGUCUUAAAAAAACGAACACUUGUACUUACACUUGUAAGUAAGAACUACCUAAAAUACCUAAAAAAAAUUCUUUGGCGAAAGAUGGUUUGGCUUAGUUUGGCUCAUGUCCCAUUUGCUAACAGGGAGGGGGCGGGGUUUAUAACCUGUACUGCAGCCAACCACCAGGGGGCAAUUGCGUUGUUUUGGCUUCAUUUUUAGGGAGCUGUCAUGUCAUCCAUCUUUUUUAUACUGUCAGUAUUUAAUAUGUACAAAAACAAAAUGUAUAAACUGUCUCUCCCCACUGUUUUCUACCUCCGUGUUGAGCUAGGCUAACCAGCUGCUUGCUGUAGCUUCAUAUUUAUGCUACAGUCAUGAGAGUGAUAUCAAUCUUCCGAUCUAACUCUCAGCAAGAAUGGAAAUAAAUGUAUUUCUUUAACUUAAAGGUCAGUUCAGUCAGAUUAAAAAACACCAUAUUUCCUCACAUGCCUGUAGUGGUGGCUAGCUAUGCUAACUGCUUUAUUUUUAGCUGGGCUUUGAAGUUACAAAAGAGUUCUGUGAAAUAGUCAGAAUAACAUUCUUAGUUUUUCUGAAAGAGAUGUUGCUGAAUUGGAAAUUUUUUAAAUGUUGUUUUAAAUGCUGUGAUAAACAACAUACAAAUCACCUCCGUUUGUAAAGUUGGUUGCAAAAACCUCAUACCCUGGCUAUUUUUAAAGCUGUGCAAAUUAUACUUAAUUAUUUGCAUGGCUAGACACCACAAGGUAUAAUUGAGAGAAUAUGUUUUAAGUAAUCUGAGUGAACUGACCGUUAAACUGUACAGCGGUAGCUUUAGCAGAAGUUCUCCCACUUGCGUUUAUCCUCCUGUCCUGUAUUUCUGCUGCAGACAUCUUUUUUUCUUGGGUGUUUUACUGUAAAAUCAAAUUUGUACAUUGUAAUAGACGCAGGUUUAGGACGAGAAAAAACUGAAGCAGUAAUAGGUGGAACCUCUGCAACAGCUGCCUCUGUACCUUCUUUUUCCUCAGGCCCUUCCAGUGCCUCUACACCUCGUCACCAUCUGCAUGGUUUCCAUGUCCACUUGAUGGCAAAGCCUCAGCCUUCGGUUCACUCCGACCCUCACAGAUGUCAAUAUACCUUUAAUGUACAGAUAAUACAACAGGGACAAUGGAAACAAUUAUUCAAGCAUUUUCAACUUAGCGCAUGCUGCCUCGGACACAGGACACGUGGCUCAGUAGGUGAAGGCCAUUUACAGUACACAGUUAAAACCAAAGCUGGACCGCCUCAGCUGUUCGCUCACUAAAGAUCAGAAUGGCCUGCCUGGAAGCCAUGUUGAUUUUGGCACAUGAAGCUGAACACUGCCCUCAAAGAAACAAUGGAAUUUCCUGGUUGUGCCUUCAGGGAAGUGUUUUGAAAUAGGAAAAAUGUAGUGUUGCUUGCUUGUCCAGAGAUGUAGUGAAUAUAUUCGCCCAUAGUACACACAGUGGCUGCAUUGUUUGUUUUUUUAUUUUUUAUUAUUAUUAUUUUUUAAUAUGGCAACAAACUGCUGAAUAACUUGAUCUCCCUAGAAGGUGCCAAUUCUUGUGAAAGUGAAUUGUGAAUUGAAUGGAAGUUUUGAAUUAAGAAUGUAUCCUUGUAGUGAAUGUAAUAUGUUGUUGAUGAAACCAGCCCUAUGAAAAAAAAAAAAAAAAUGUAAACGACUACCAGAGCAGGAAAAAAAAAUUAUAGUCACUGAAGAUGUGCAGUUCAUCCAGCUCUUCAACCCACAUCCCUGACCCCAAUCAUCCUACUUUAAUGCUGGACAUGUGAUGUAAUAUGGGAUGCAUCACGCAGACUUACAUCACGUCAGGUAGCUGUGAUGUGUUUAAUGGCUCUGCUCCAUUGAACACUGAAUUAUGUGUUCCUAAAAUGAAGAGUUGCAGAUAUCUCUUUUGUGAGAAUUGCAUGUGGUCCCGCUGUUGAACAUGAAAAUGUUUUUUUUAGCAUCUUAUCACCAAUCAGAAGAAUGUCCAGAAGGGUUUUUUCGUAAAGACCCUGACAAACAGUAUAAUUACAAGUGAAAGUGUGCUUUUGGUUAGACAACGUGACUGUAUUUUCUUUUUAUAUUUUAUGUAUAAACAUCAAGCCAAUGUUAUUACAUUACCCUCUUUAAUUACACAGGUUUAAAAGGUACUUGUCCUCCUGUUCACAAUAUGAUGGUUCAAAUCUAUUGCAGGUUCUCUGAUUCCAAGGGGCAAUUAUUUCCCUUUAUGUGUGUCUCAUGACUAAGGCUAAAUGUUUCUUACUGCUCUGCUGAUUAUCUAUGGUGCUUAUUUAUUAUGGAUUUCCACUAUUGUAAUGAAUGGACAUGUAUGGGAAUAAAGGUGACAAAGAAAAAAAAAAAGUUGUUUUAAGUAGAUAUCUGGGAAAUUUGACAUGACAGAUCGCAUGGAAGCGACCCUUAAACUUCCUAGAAAACAGUGCAUCUUGCUAUUAUUCUGCUUUUGUAGUCUGAAUUCAAAUGCUGCCCUCCCUUGACCAAAUACUGGACACUACCAGUAUAGCCCAUAAUAUCCAACAAUCCAUUGUGCAAUGAACCAUUGGGCUAUGGUUUUUUGCCAGAAACUGGUGGAUUGACCCCUCUGGAUAGGGAGAGAGUUACUGCCUCAAGUGAGGGAGUUCAAGUAUCUUGGGGUCUUGUUCACAGGUGAGGGUAGAAUGGAAUGCGACAUGAAUCGGCGGUUUGGUGCGGCUUCUGCAGUGAUGCAAGCGCUGUGCCAAACCAUCGUGGUUAAGAAAGAGCUAAGCUGGAUGGCAAACCCUUCAUUUACUGGUCCAUCUACGUCCCAACCCUCAUCUAUGGUCAUGAUCUCUGGGUAGUGACCGAAAGAAUGAGAUCAUGGAUACAAGCGGCCGAAAAUGAGUUCUCGCCGUGGGGUGGCUGGGCUCAGCCUUAGAGAUAGAGUAAGGAGCUCGGACAUCGGGAGGCUGCUCGGAGUCGAGCUGCUGCUCCUUAGCAUGAAAAGGGGUCAGUUGAGGUUAUUCGGGCAUCUGAUCAGGAUCCUCCUGGGUGCCUCUCCCUGGAGGUGUUCCAGGCACGUCCCAAUGGUAGGAGGCCCCUGGGCAGACCCAGAACACACUGGAGGGAUUACAUAUCUAGUCUGGCCUGAGAACGCCUUGAGGUCCCCCAGGAGAAGCUCGAAAGAGUUGUUGGGGAGAGGGAUGUUUGAGGUGCUUUGCUUGGCCUGCUGCACCCACGACCCGGCCCUGGAUAAGCGGAUGAAAAUGGACGGAUGGACAUUGUGCAACAGUCAAUUGUUUCAUUUGGAAAUAUGUGUUAAUUUGUAUUCACCAGGUAUUUGCAAUCAGGUGGUCAUUCUGCCUCCAACUUCCCUGCUCAGUGUGUGGCACAUUUGUUCAUACUGAAGACAGAUUAUUAAAACUGUGUCACUAAUGUACAAUCUAAUUUUUUUGAAAAGACCUAUGAAUUUUUUUGAAAAGUUGAGCACUGUAGCUUUUAGAAAAAUUAAACAAAAAAUAGUUAAUGCAAGUUUUCAGCUGGACUAUUUAAAGCGGCAGACUAAUACACAAUACAUUCUAAACAUCCUGUUCAAGAAUUAAAUGUUCCAAUUCAGUGAAGCAAUUUUUUUAAUUUAAUCAUCAGGUUGUGAUGGUGCCAUCAAAAUGCUACUCAAUGGUAUACAAUGCAGGAUUGUCAGUAACUGGUUGGGAACACACUUGCCAGCAAAAAUGAAAGUAAAAGCCAACCCCAGGUUCACACAUUUGCCGUUUCGCCUCACUGUAUUUGCAUGUUUUGUGGUGCUGUGUCUCUGGGAUGCUUGCUGCUUAUGGGCCAGCACCUGGUUGCUACCUUUUUAUAAAACCCACACCUCACCUGAGUGCUGUGGGGGGGUACACGACCAUAAACGUUUUGAAAAUAAAAAUAAAAAUAUACCUCCACACACUUCUAGUGGGUAAUAAGUGAUGACC